CUCCAAGGCACCAAGCCAACCCCAAGCCUGAAUUGAAAGCCUUGAAGAACAAGCUUUGAGCCUUGAGCAUACAGCUGCGUACAUUGUUGUGCUUGUGCCCAGCAUAGCCAUGAUGGCGAGGAAGGUGUCCGUGGACGCGGGGAGGGAGGCGGAGGAGAUGAGGCGGAGGAACACCGAGCUGGAGAGGGCGGUGGCCGAGGCGGCGGCGAGGGAGGAGCGGCUGCGGCGGGAGCUGGAGGCGGCGCUGGCGCGGCUGGCCGUGGCCGAGGAGGCCGAGGAGCGGCUGUGCGUGCAGCUCGGCGAGCUGGAGGCCGAGGCCGUGGCGCAGGCCGUCGAGUACCAGGAGCACGUCAGGGCGCUCUCCGAGAGGCUCGCCUUUGCCGACUGCGUGCUCAGCAGGCCCUCCAGCUCCGGGAUCGCCGCCGGCGUCGCGGGCAGGGAUUGAUGUGAUCCAGCGGCAUGACCAGUAUAGCAUCUCACCGGCAAGCUGGUGAUCGUGUAAAGUUGUGAAUGCUUUGUUGUUGUUGUUGUUACACGACGACGAUUCGUGUGUGACGUGUAGAGGGUUGUAAAUUAGCUUGAGAUGUAUACAAGGUAAUUAAAGAGAUCAAUCGCCACUUGAUCCUUCUAUCUAGUUAUAGCUGGAUCUGUUUUUUAUAAAAUGGGACCAGGAUAAUUUU